UUGAUUUGAGCUGUGAACUCGGAACGUGUUUAUGCUAAAGGGCUUUCUUUUCCUUUCUCCCUUUGUGCUGAGGAGGCAGCGCCGCAGAUCAAAGCCUGUCUCUUCGCGUUUGGUGAUGGUGGGCUGGGAGGGAGCCGAGGCGGGAGAGGCCGGCAGUUCCACGGGGACACUCGUGUCCUCGGGGGGCCGCGGUGGCUCGGCCGGGUCUGACGCACCUCUCUUUGUCCCCGCAGGUCCGGGAGCCAUGGGCGGGCACGGCCGGCACCGGGCGGCCCGCAGCGGGCGGCUCUGAGCCCGGGCGGCCGCGGCGGGACGAUGGGCUGCGGGCAGCGGCGGGGAGCCGCGGUGCCGGGCAGGGCUGUCGGGGCGGCGAGCCGGGGGCUGUAGGGCCGGGCGGCGGGCAGCAUGCCCGACAGCCCCUCGCCCACCUCCCGCCCAGCAUCCCCUGUCCGUGGCGGCGCGGGAUGAGGCUGCCCGCCGCCCCAGCAGCUCCGGGGACGGCUGCAGCCCAGGGCUCCCCGCCGCAGCACCCCGCGGCCCUGAGCCAUGGUCAGCCGUGAGCCCGUGCCCGGCCCGGCCCCCGCCGGCGAGGGCAGCCAGGAGAAAGCCAUGACGGUGCGCUCGGUGCUGCUCAACCGCGACUCGCCCGACAUCGAGAGCCGCCUCAAGCGCCGCCGCAACCGCACGCAGCAGGUCCGCUUCAAGGACCUGGUGGAGGCCGGCGCGGGGCGGGCGGGCAGCCCCCCGCCCGGGCCCGCGGCCAGCCCCGGCCACAACACCCCACGUGCCUCGCCGCCCCCCAGGGACCCCCCUGAGCCGGCGGCUCUCCGUGCCUCGCGGCGCAGCUGGCCCCAGGCGCAGCCGGGCUCGCUGACGCUGCCCAUGCCCAGGAAGGCGUGCAUGAGCACCGCCAUCCAGACCUCGCCCAGCCUCCAAAAGCCCUUCCCGGCGCCCCAGCCCCGCAGCAAGAGCGUCUGCGAUGUGGCGGGUGAUGCGCUACCGCCCGCCGUGGCGAGCGCCCGGUGCCAAGGAGCGGCCGUGCCCACCGUGGCCAGCUGGGCCGUGCCCCCGCGGGUCCCCGGCAGCCUCCCCACCAGUGACCACACCGCGGUGCUCGCCCAGCACGCCAAGGUGCGCCGCACGCCACCACCACCACCACCCAGGGACCCCCCUCCCCCUUACCAGGGCACGGCCCGCUGCGCCCCUCCGGUGCAAAGCUGCACCCCGGAGCCCUGCCCGCCACCCCCAGCCUGUGCCCAGCUCCGCGGGAGCCCCCAGGGCAGCCACGGGCUCACCCCACGCCCGGCCUCCGUGCCCUGCGGCCAGUCCCGGCCGCCCUGCGAGCAGCGGGGGCUCGGCCGGAGCGACUCGGAGCGGAGCCUGCCCUGCGGCCGCCCCGCGCCCCCGUGCCCGCCCUCGCCGCACCGCCGGCAGCCCGUCCCCGCCACGGACACCCACGGCCUCCGCCGGCCACCUCAGGGCAACCCCCCGCGGGACCCCCCGGCCCCCCAGCACCAGCUCUGCGCCACGAUCUGGGGGGGGCCGUGCUGCGCCUCGCCAGCCCCCGUGCCACCAGCGCCGGGCUGGCACGGCUCGGCCGCCGCCACGCCGGACCAGACACCAGCUGCUCUCGGCACCUGCAGCCGGCUCCGCGCCGCCGAGCCCGGGCGUGGCUGGGCAGGACCCGAGGGGCCCAGGGAGCCCCUGGGCACGGCCUCACAGGGCCCCAGCGUGGGGGCACAAGCGGACACCCCCCGGCACGGACAGCCCUGCCUCGCCGCUGAACAGCCGGACAAACUGCACCACGUCCAGGACCUUCUGCAGCUGGUGGUGGUGGCCAAGGGGCCGGUGGGACCACCAGCGAGGGACGAGGACGCCCGGACAUCUCAGGGAGAGGGCCCCCGGGGGCCCGGGGAGCAGGGGGACCUGCAUUCCCAGCUGCAGUCCCUGGAAGGGGUGCUGGAGACCAGCCAACAAACCAUCCGGGUGCUGCUGGACGUCAUCCAGGACCUGGAGAAGAAGGAGGCGCAGCGGGAUGGGCGACACUCGUACCGCACCGGGCAGGACAUCGCCAACUGCGGGACCUGCCGGGACUGUGCCUGCAUCAUCUACAGCGUGGAGCACGAUUUCCGACAGCAGGAAGGUCGCUUCCAGCGGGUGCUGAGCCACAUCGAGGGCGACACGGGGCCGAGCUCCCCCCCGACGGCGCUGGGGGCGGCGGGGGUGGCGCUGGGGGCGGCGGGGACCCCAUCACCGCCCAGGCAGGAGCUGUCGCCCGUGUCGAGGCUGCCGGCAAAGCUGGACGUGAAGAAAUCGCGGCGCAAAUGCUUCUGGUUCCUGUGAGCCCGGAGCGCGGGGGCUCCGUCCCAGCACUGACCCCCUGCCCACCUCUCCUCCCUCCCUUCCUCCCACGGUAGGGUUUGGGUAGCACCAGCUUUUCUAUUUUUAACCAUUCCGUUGAACGCGGGGAGCUCGGGUGUGGGAAACGGCGAGGGGAGCAGCGGCUGUAUUUAAGGAGAAUUCAAUAAAUUCCACGGAGACGUUAUUUUUGUUACAUCCUCUCCCGCCUGUGCGCUUCUGUUCCGGAGGAGGAUGAGAAUGAGGAGGGGGCUGUUUCCCUGGAUUUCCCUUCGGGGUUCCCGGGCUCAAAUCAGUGCCCAUCCCUGCACCCCACACUGGGGCUGCUCAUCCCUCCCAUUGCUUCCUGCGGAUUAACUGGGAACACCGAGGAUUUCCACGGAUCAGAGACAAUGGGAAAUGGUCUCUGUGAGACUCUGGCCGGGAGAGAGGAGAUCUGUCCCCAAAAUCCCCGGCUGGAAGGGCGGGGUGGGGGAAGAUGCACUGGCUGAUGAUAGGGGACAGCAAUGAGGAGCUCACAUAUCCCAGCCUCUGUGGGGCUGCCACGAGAGGGAAAACUCGGCACGGGGGUUCCAGGGGUCUGCACACAGUGUCAAACCCCAUCCCGUGUGCAAGGGACACUCCGGGGCUGCAGCCCAGGGACACAACUCCCUUCUCGCCAAGCAGCAGCGGGAUGGAUAGAGGGACUGUCUUGGUGCGGGCACACCUAUUUUUGGUCCUCUCAGCCCUUCCCAGCUGCUGGGGCAGCCUGGGCUGAGGGUCUGGGACCCCCGGGAACCACGGGCGGUGCUGGGGGAGCUGCCGGACGGUCCCUGUGGAGCCA